CACAUCCGGGAGAAAUGUAUUAUCCACCUCAGGGUCCCCCUCCUGGGUCAUUUCCGGGAGGAUAUCAGCAACCCCCCCCAAUGGCAACCCUCACCUCAGCCCUAUCCCCCUCAGCCCUACGGGUAUCAUCGACCCCAAUCAUCUUAUUCGGCUCCUAGUCAUUCCCCCUACCCACCAUCACCUUAUCCUUAUCCCCAACAUCCUCACUCCCCUGCCCCGCCAUAUGGUCAUACUCCAUCCCCUCGCCCUCCCUCCCAUCAGCAUUCUCUGAGCGCUCCUCAGAAUGGAUUCCCUCGUGCAAAUUCCCCGAAUCUGCCCCCAGCCCCACCACAGAACUUUCAGCAAUUCGGUGGAGGUGCCCCUUCCAACUACAAGUUCCAAUACUCGGCCUGUACCGGUCGCCGUAAGGCUUUGCUGAUCGGAAUCAACUAUGCUGGACAGCCUAAUGCACUGAAAGGCUGUAUCAACGAUGUCACUAACAUGUCUAACUUCCUGACCCAGAGAUUCGGGUACAAGCGUGAGGAUAUGGUGAUACUCACCGAUGAUCAACGGAAUCCGAUGAGCCUUCCCGUCAAGGCUAAUAUUCUCCGCGCCAUGCAGUGGCUUGUCAAGGAUGCCCAACAUAACGAUUCCUUGUUCAUUCACUUCUCUGGCCACGGAGGCCGUACUCCCGAUCUGGAUGGAGACGAGGACGAUGGAUUCGACGAUGUCAUCUACCCACUCGACUAUCGGGUCGCUGGUCAUAUUGUCGACGACGAUAUGCACGCCAUCAUGGUGCGUCCACUGCGGCCGGGAGUGCGAUUGACGGCGAUCUUCGAUUCGUGCCACUCGGGCACUGCAUUGGAUCUGCCGUAUGUCUACUCGACCCAGGGUGUUCUCAAGGAGCCCAACCUGGCCAAGGAGGCCGCUCUCGACUUGUUCAGUGCAUUCAAUUCGUAUGGACAAGGUGAUUUUUCUAGUGUCGCCUCCACGGCGAUCGGGUUCUUCAAAAAGGCGGCCAAUGGCGGGUCCGCUCGUGAGCGUACAAUCAUGACCAAGACCUCUCCGGCGGAUGUAGUGAUGUUUUCAGGGUCCAAGGAUACACAGACCUCGGCCGAUACGUUCCAAGACGGGCAAGCGCGUGGUGCGUUGAGUUGGGCGUUUAUCAAAUCAUUGCAGCAGUGGCCCCAGCAGAGUUACCUGCAGCUGUUGAACACGAUCCGAAAUGAGCUGGAGGGCAAAUACUCCCAGAAACCGCAAUUGAGCUGCAGCCAUCCUCUGGAUGUCAAUCUCCGCUUUGUAAUGUAA